GCGGAGAAUAUUCGUGUGAGUCCUGUAUUUUGGGCGCUAAUCAAACACCACUGACCAAUCAUUCAUCGUUAUUCAUUCAUUCUGAAGAUAAAAUCGUUCUCACCAAUACUGUUAUAUAACACUUAUUGGGCUUGAGGUUGAAGUGAGGAACACAACAUAAUUCCAUGGCGUCCUUACCCUAUGUGUGUUUUUUCGCAGGUUUUGCUCCUUUUUUGUUUCUAUUUCUUGUUAUUGGGUGCACUGCAAGGCCUUUUUAUCCUCUUCCCAACAAAGGUGAUGGGGGAAGUAGGAAGCCCCUACAAACUUUUCGCCCCUAUAACAUUGCACAUCGCGGUUCAAAUGGAGAGUUUCCUGAAGAAACUUCUGCUGCAUAUAUGAAAGCUAUUGAAGAAGGUACAGACUUCAUUGAAGCUGAUAUCUUAUCAUCCAGAGAUGGUGUUCUUAUAUGUUUCCAUGAUGUCAACCUUGACAUUACUACUGACAUUGCAAAUCACAAGGAGUUUGCUGAUCGUAAAAGAACGUAUGAAGUCCAAGGGGAAAACAUCACUGGGUUCUUCACUGUUGAUUUCACAUUGAAGGAGUUAAAGUCAUUGAGGGUGAGACAGAGAUAUAAAUACAGGGAUCAACAGUUUAACGGAAAGUUUCAAAUCAUCACUUUUGAAGAGUUCAUUAACAUAGCACUGGAUGCACCCAGAGUUGUUGGAAUAUAUCCAGAGAUAAAAAACCCAGUAUUUAUCAAUCAACAUGUUAAAUGGUCAGAUGGCAAAAGAUUUGAAGACAAGUUUGUGGAGACACUUCAGAAAUAUGGGUUAAAGGGUUCCUACCUGUCAAAAAAUUGGCGGAGACAACCUGUAUUCAUUCAGUCAUUUGCUCCAACUUCACUCGUGUAUAUAGCAAAUAAGACGGACUUGCCCAAAAUUUUCUUAAUUGACGAUGUUGAUAUUCCAACGCAAGACACCAAUCAGUCAUACUGGGAGAUUACAUCUGAUGAAUACCUAAACUACAUAAAACAAUAUGUUGUGGGAAUUGGACCAUGGAAGAACACGUUGGUACCUGUGUUAAAUAAUUAUACGCAAACUCCUACUGAUCUUGUCUCCAGGGCACAUGCUCAUAAUCUGCAGGUGCAUCCAUAUACUUACAGAAACGAGAACUGUUUUUUGCCCCUCAACUUUAGUCAAGAUCCGUAUGUGGAGUAUGAUUACUGGAUCAACAAGAUAGGUGUUGAUGGUCUGUUUACAGACUUCACUGGUAGCCUCCAUCGUUUUCAGGAAUGGACCUCUAAACAUCAAGAUGAUGAUGAUGAUGAAGAAGAUGCAUCCAGGCUAUUGCAUAAAAUUGCAUUGUUGCUCUCCUCUUAUAAUUGAUCUCGAAAGUUCAAAUGUUGUAGUUAGAGUUGGGAUUAAUUUACUGUGUUCAAAAAAGCUUAUAUUAAUAUUUACAAGUGAGUUCUUGAGUAGAA